AUGGACGGUGGUGUAGAAAUAUUUGUUUGUGUUGAAAUUGCUUUGCAGUCACUGCGCGCAUCUUAUCUAAAACCGAAUUUUUAUCUCUCAUGUCAAUCAUAUAACCCAAAGGACACUAGUCCAGAAGCAAUGGCGCUGCUUUGGCCCGCUUAUAUUUAUUACGUCUCAAAGUACAUGGACUUGCUGGACACGAUAUUUUUCUUGCUGCGCAAAAAGCAUAAUCAAAUUUCGUUUCUACACGUCUAUCAUCACACCAUCAUGGUCUAUGCUGUAUGGGUAUAUUGCACAUUGAAUUUUGCUGCUCACUUCACCUUUACCGGCAUCAUCAACUCUUUCAUACACAUCUGCAUGUACAGCUAUUAUUUUAUGGCGACUCUGAAAUGGCAAACAGAUAUCACACCUUGGAAGCGUACACUCACACUAUUGCAAAUUUUCCAAUUUUGCUCAUUGACUAUUCAAUUAUCGCUGCCAAUACUGAAUAAUUGGUGUGGUCUGGACUUAUUUUGGGUUUGGGUUGCCUUUUUGCAAAAUUUCUUUAUGCUUAUACUCUUCUGUGAUUUCUACUACAAAACUUAUAUGUGCGAAGUGGGUGAAAAGAAAUUGCAGAGAAUGCAGAAGUUGCAGGUGAAAGAGAAGUAG